AUGAGCAUGAGGCGCAAGUUCACUUCCACUGGCCCAGAGCCUACGGCUUUGCCCGAGUCUAAACGGCGCAAAGUGUCUGAUGACAAGGCCGACGAGAUCGAAACCCCACAAAAGACUACAAAAGUCGGACUGAAGCUUAUAGACGAUAUCAAAAAUGCGACAGACAAGAGCGGACGUAUUAUCGCGAAUAACUUCUUUGAGCUUCCGGACAAGAAGAAAUAUCCGGAUUAUUACAAAGUGAUCGGUCUUCCGAUAUCUUUGAACCAAGUGAUAGAGAAAUUAAACAAGUACCGAUAUGCGAAUCUCACCGAGCUUGAGAGUGACCUCAAGCGACUGGUUAGCAAUGCGAAAAAGUACAACGAGAAAGGUACUAUGCUUUUUGCUGAUGCAGAGCGUAUUCGAAAGAUCGUUACAGGCACCAUGCCGAAAAUCAAUCCGGCAUAUAAUGACCCUAAUUACACACCCUUCCCGACGCCUAUACCCGACCAAAAUCAGACGACAGAAACACCCGAAAACGAUGCUGAAGAAGACGGUGACAAUCAAGAACAAAACGUGGAAGGAGAUGUCGAUGCCGAUGCAGAAGAUGCUCAGCCUUCUGACCAAGCGUUGGACCAAGGCGAGGAAGAGGAGCUGAGUUUUGAAGGCGACACGAUACAGCUUGCUCAAGAUAAGAUUAUAUCAGAAAUGAUCCACUUGAGAGACGACCGAGGAAGGGAAGUAGGUGCCCCUUUUCUGUACAAGCCUGACAAGAACUUGUACAAGGAAUAUUACGAAAUCAUACAACAUCCAGUCUCUUUGCGCAGCUUAUUGAAGCAAGUCCGAGGCAUUGAAGGAAGAAAACCACACAGUAAGAAGACGGCGUUUCCAACUUGGCAACUAUUUGCAGAUGAAAUGGAAUACGUGUGGGGAAAUGCUCGAGAAUUCAAUGAAGAAGAUAGUGAGAUCGUUGACCUCGUCAAUAUCCUGGAGGCUCAUUUUAAGCGUCGUCUUGCUGAAGCAAAAAGUGUUGUACCGGACGAUCCCAUAGAUGAGACGCGUAUUAAACUCAAAUUGGGAACCAGUAAAACUCCCGAACCACGACUGACACUGAAAUUCGUUGGCCAAAAGUCUUCAUCUGUCGACGAUAAGACGUCGGCAAAAGCAUCUAUGGACCGUGAUUCUGUGCAAAGACAGGAUUCAGUUGCACAUCGCGAUACUCCAGACUCUUCACGAUUGGGCGCCCUUGCACAAGGCAGUCCAAUGCCCGGCAAAUUAAUAUCCCCCUCUCCAUCUCGGACUCUGAUGCCACCAACAGCAGGAGUAGGGGGCUACAUGAAUCCAUCGAUAGGUGGUUUUCAGCAGACGACUACGGGCUGGCCACCUGGGCCGGUUGUGCCGCAGCAACGUCCAAGCUACACUCCUGUGCAAUCGUUAUUUCGAAAGCCCAAUGAAGACGUGUCAGACGCAUUGAUCAAGAAUUUGACCAUAAAAUCCCACCCAAGCUUGGGCCCUCAUCCCAAGUUCUGUCUGAGUAUUCCCGCGUCACCAGUGGUGCGACAGCAGUCAGCAGUAGUCAGUAUUCCUACGUCUCAAAGCUUCUUGUCACUAUCUCUCAGCAUACUUCCGAACACAGCGCAAAGGCGAACGAAACUGGUCGCCCUCUUUGGACCUCAAAGAGCGCCUCUUGCUCCUCUGCCUCAAUCAACUCCGUCCGAACUGGGCUACGAUAUCAGACUACCUCCUGGAUUGACGAAACUUGACUUCCAAAUGGUCUCGCUGCGAACAAGGGGACAUGAAGCGGUAAAUGGAAAUAGCCAUGGCAAUGGGCCUGACAAGAAGAGUUUUGAGCGUCUUACUGUAUUUUUCAGAGUGGUACGAUAAGCUGAAUUACCAACUGGUUACCGAUUUGAGCUGCUUCACGACCAGUGAUUAGCUUAAUGUAUGAUAGACGAACCUUGCGAUUGCUGGUCUGCUUUUCGAUUUUAUUGAUAGCGAAUGUACAAUAGCAAUUCUGAAGUAUUCAGCCAUGCCACUGAUAGUAUUGUUG